AUGGCUGAAGAAGAACCGAUAAAGAAAACUGCUGCUGUUAGUAGCAUAUGGUCGCGUUUAAUUUUAAACGUAGCACAAAGUAAAGCUGCCAAAGAUGAUUCAUCAAAGUUAUCGGCCGUUGAACAACAAACCGAAAAUUCGCGAAAGGGUGGAACUAUUUGGGAAGCUGUUCGAAAAGCUGAUGAAGAAGCUAUGAUACGUCUUGUAACCAAAGAUCCCAAAAAUGUUGAUGCACGUGGUCCUGUCGGUGAUUGUCCAAUACAUAUGUGCUUCUUAUAUGGAUCUGAUACUCAUCUUAGUAUGGCACGAUAUCUGAUAACUAAAUUCCCUCAUACGAUAACGCAAAUAUACAAUGAAGACGAGUAUUAUGGUGAAAAUGCUCUUCAUAUCGCCAUCAUUAAACGAAAUGCAACGAUGGUUGAAUGGCUGCUUGGGGAUGAACAAAAUCAACGCUAUCAACGAAAACAAUUGACAGCAUGUGCUAGUGGCAAUUUCUUCAAAGUUGGUCGACCAUGUUAUUAUGGUGAAACCCCAUUGGCAUUUGCUUGCUGCACGAACCAAUGGAAUAUCGCUGAAAUCUUACUCAAAUACGGUGCAGACAUGGAUGUUACGGAUUCUAAUGGCAAUAACAUCUUACAUUUACUUGUUAUUCACAAAUUACCAAAAAUGUACACGAAAGUUAAACAACGUUGGAUAGAGAUACAAGAAGCAGACAAAGACUCCAGUGAUGAAGAAGAAAACAAGUCCAGCGCAUCAAAGAAAGUCACACCAUUAUGGAAACGUUUGAAUAAAAACGGAUUGACGCCGUUAACAUUAGCAGCGAAACUCGGUCAUGCGGACAUGUUUUCGUUUUUGCUCGAAGAACGUAAAAUAACACAAUGGAGUUAUGGACCCGUUUCAUGUGUGCUUUAUCCGUUGGAUCAAGUAGAUUUAGAAUUUCAAAACGAUGAUGAAGAUGAUGAUGAUGACAAUGAUGAUGAUUCAAAACCAGUUGGUGCAUUAGAAAUCAUCGUUAAAAAUGCGCAUGUAGAACUGAUUAUGCAUCCACGUUUGAUUGAUUUAGUUAAUAAAAAAUGGGAACGUUUCGCGCGCCGAAUCUUCUUCCAUCGAUUUCUUCUUACAUUUACGUACUUAUCCAUUUUUCUCAUAACAACAAUCAUGGAUCAAGCGCGCAUAGAAACGGUCGAAGGCGAAGGUGACGAAGCGGUCAUAACUAAUAUAGAACCACCUGGCAUGAUACAUCAAGGUAUAUGUGCUGCCGGUCGUCUAUUUGUCCUAGCGGGAGCAAUAUGGAAAGGAAGAUCUGAGUAUCACGAAAUGACCAGUUUAGGUAUUAAAAAAUAUUUCCAAACAACUGGUUCGGGUUUAUUGGAAAAUUGCUUAUCAUGUUUAUUUUGUUUGUGCAUCUAUCUGAUCAACAUAGUUCGUCUGUUCGAAUUUCACGCUGAAAGCGCUCUAUUGGCCAUUGCAGCGAUUGUUGGCUGGGGUUACAUGUUGUUCUUCGUCAUGGCUUUCCGUUUGACAGGUCCAUUCGUUGUGAUGAUUUAUGAAAUGUUAUUCAACGAUGUCCUACGAUUUUUUAUUAUCUAUAUCGUCUUUUUAGCUGGAUUUUCACAAGCAUUCUUCGUUCUAUUCGAUAAUAACGGUUUCGGCGGUUUUCUCAUCAGUGUAAAACAAAGUUUUCUUGGCAUGCUUGGUGACUUUGACCUUGAUGCAUACUCUGACACAUCAUUCUACUACAUCAGUGUAUCUUUACUUGUCAUCUAUAUCAUUGUUGUCACCAUUCUAUUACUCAAUCUAUUGAUUGCCAUGAUGGGUGACACGUACGGAAAUGUUAUCGAAGGUGCAACACAAAUCUGGCAUUUGGAACGAGCACGUAUUGUCUUUGCCAUUGAAAGCGAAAUGUCUACCGAAGAACGCAAUUUACAAGCGAAUAAAUAUUGGACCAAUGUUGACGGUGAACGAUAUCUGCAAGUUGAAGAAGUUGAUGAUGAAUGUUUCCGUGAUGCCGGUGAUGAAAAUGAUGCUGGCGAAGAUAAUAAAGAGGAAGGAGACGGAAAGAAAAAUGAAAAUGAUCGACGUGGAAGUUUAAUUUAA